AUGAAUGGCGUGGCCUCGCCCGGGGGACCGCUUCAUGGUCCAGGCUCGGCCGAUAGUAUCUUGCAAGACCACAACCGCCGUCAUCCUAGCAACCGUGGGCCUGUCGUUCAUUUCGUCAAGCCGGCAUACGACAGAGAAACACACAGUAGAUGUGGAUCCGAAGAGCCCAGCAAACAGCCGGAGUUCCAUGAUUUAGUGGUGGGAGAGGUAUGCAAGGUGAUAAAUAAAAGCCAUUUGGACAGAGAGCCGGCAUCGACGUGCUAUCUUGACCGUCUUCCAGUGAACGUCCGACUUAGGAUAUUUGGGUUCCUUUUCCCUCACGACCGUAGCGUCCUGGAGGUAGAGAACUUCCCACCUACAGAAGCCACAAACCUGGCCAUCCUCAGGACUUCACAUCAAAUCUACCACGAGGCCUCGAUUGCGCUAUUUCACUCGCUGGCGUACCGUCGGGUGUUCCUCAAGAAUUAUGGCGCCUCCACUGCGUAUCUUCUCAGGCGUUUCCCACGGGAACUGGAAAGCUGUCAUUGGAAGUGGCUGGGGUCCGUUUGCUAUAAUAAUAAGCUCGACAUACGAAGAGCUUUUGGAUCCAUUGUACUUUCGCUUGGUGACAGGAGUCAUGAACUAGCUGUGCAUCGUCGCUGGAAUUUCUCCAUCUUCAUUACCACCUUGAGAAUGGACGUGCCUCUGCGCGUUCAUGAUUUGACGAUAAUCGCGACUGACAAUUGGAAAAUGCCUGGCUUUGAUGAGACGCACUUAACCCAGGACUUAUUCAGCGGAGCAUUCGAGAUUCUCGGGAGGAUGAUGUUCAAAGGCUUCACUAGGAUGGAGAGAAAACGCCUCGUCACUCUAAUCCUCGCGAAGAGAGACCCCCGUGCGCAAGUCAUGCGACGUAGUGACGAGGUCGAGGUUCAAGUUAAGUAA